AUGCCACAAGAUACUGUAGUUGUUUCACGCAAGUCAAUAUUUGACCAAUUCGAUUAUGAUAAAACCGAUGAAACUAAUAAGAGGAAUAUAGAAAAGAUGUUAUUCGAGAGGCUACAAGAAGUUUUAUCGAUAGAAGGUAAGAAAUCCGUGAUCCAUGCUUACGCGAAUACAAUGCCGUCAAAAAGUCUAGACGUCAACUAUAGGAAUGAUGAUGAUAAUCAAUAUAUGCAAGAAAAUCAGCAGGAUGUGCUGUUUCGCCUAUUUGCACGUGAUCCACCUACAAAAGUUUCUCUAGAACCUAGUGCGAUGUCAAAGAUUACAGUAAACAAGUUGGAAUCGUUAAAGCGAAGGAGUAAAGCAGAAAGACUCGAACAAAUUAUCGAUACAAUGGUAACUUCGUCGGAAGUGAUCAUGCAAUCAAAAACUCCAUGGGAGCGCAAUUUUGUACCACAUAAAGUGUUACAUGUGCCAUUUGAAAAUCCAAAAAGGUCGCCUGCACAGCAAAAAAGAAUAGAACACAUGGAACUUGUCCUGGCUGGCCAAAAGGUGGCAAAGGUUAUGCUUAUGGAUGGGACUAAACUGUAA